UGCGUGGAUGGUUGCCUGGGCAACAAGGGCCUGCUUGGUGGCUGCCUUCUGGGACUAUUGAACAAGCUGCCACACCACCCUCAGUCAGAAAGCCCCCAGGGCCUCCUAGCCUUCCGCAAAACUCCAGCCAGGUGGAAAGAAAGCCGGGGCAAUUGCUGGGAGAAUGGCAGUGCCUUGGGAGAAAUAUUUCCGACAGGCCUUGCAAGAAAAAUUGCCUAACUCCUAUAGGAAGACCCCAGAGCACAAUGCAGACCACUUCCCACCAGUGCUGCGUCUCCUGGAGAAGAGGCAGGAGUUGGCAGAGGCGGACCAGGGCCUGAGGGCCCAGAAGGAGGUGUUCCAGACCACGAUGGCAGCCCUGAAACUGCGCCGGGAACAGUUGGAAAAGAAGGAGCAGGAGCUAAAGGGGUCCUUUGUCCGCUUUGACAAGUUUUUGCAGGACGCCGAGGCCCGGCGUAGCUGCGCGCUGCGGAGGGCGGCAGAGGAGCGGCACCGGGCCGGCCGCCGGGAGGCCCAGGCGCUGCGGCUUCGGGCCCAGCUGGAGGAGCUGCAGCGGGAGCGCGCCCGGCUGCAGCGCCAGCUGGAGCGCCUGGAGCCCUGCGCGCGCCUGCUAGUGCAAGUGCUGGAGCAGCUGCCCCAGUUCCAGGAGAUUCCCGAGCUGGUGGCGCGCUUCGAUGCCCUGGCUGACACGCAGGCGGCCCUGAGGCUCACGGAGCGCCAGCGGCUUGGGGAGCUGGAGGAGGCGCGCGCCCGGCUGCAGCGGCUGCGGGACACCUGGCAGGACGAGCUGCUCCGGCAGGGCCAGCGGCGAGCGCAGUUGCUGGAGCGACUGGAGGCGGCGCGCGAGCGCACGCUGCACUGGGAAUCCAAGUGGGUUCAGAUCCAGAACACAGCGGCUGAGAAGACCCUGCUCCUGGGGCGCACCAGGAUGUCGGCGCUCAACCUGUUCCAGCUAGUGUGUCAGCAUCAGAGGCAGCCACCUGCCCUGGACAUCGAGGACACCGAAGGGCAGCUGGAGCAGGUGAGGGCCCCCUUCAUGGCACCCGCAGACCCAAACCUUCAGGAACUCAUGAUGCCUGAAAUCCCACCUCUCUGGGUUAAGCAUACCACUCUGUAAUCAGAGCCCAGGAGAGCUCAUGCUCCUAGCACCACGGAUGUGGGCUCAGGGGCCGCCCAAACCCCCUGCCUAGGAAUCCUGGGUUGGUCAUGGCUCUGACAGUCUUCUGCUAUGUGGCCACAAGUCGAGCCUCUCUGGGUCUGCGUCCUCAUUUUCGCAGGGGGGGUGGGGGCUAGGUGUAUACUGACACAUGGUACGUUUAUGCCGAGAGUCCUGCUUUUGGCCCCGGGUUCAAGCAGCACGAACAAGGGAAAUCAUCAGUGAGAAACCAGGAGCUGGAGACGCUUAACUAACCCUCACCCUCUUGCUCCCAGCACACACAGGCCUCGCCUCCCCUAGGAAGGGUGGUGGUGGCGUCAGGCAGUGGCCUUUCUUUCAGCAGCAUCCAAGUGUCACUGUGGACCAAGGAUGCCCAGCUUUUCUAUCCAUUCAGGUUUGGAAAGUCGUCAAGCACAUGACAUGGUUUACAGCAGAGUGAGGGGGUUUCUGACUUCAGGCAUUUAUGGGUCUAGGGGCUUCCCAAAGCAUGACCUCCUUGAGAAGAGUGUGGGGGGGAGAAACACAGAGGGAGGAACCCAACUUUUCCUCUGCCAUCCCACCAUGGCCCUGUGGCCAACAGCCAGGAUUCCAACCAAAUGCCAAGAACGGGUCCCCAGAGCCUACCUUUGUGCCACAUCCUGAGUUGGGUGGACUCAGAUGGACCAUUGCUCUCCCAAGCGUGGCUCUGAGGCAGGACAGAGGCUUGAUAGGAAGGAACAGUAAAAGCCAGUCCGUGUUCAGCCAACCCUCUGAUUCUACCACAAAGACAGGCUCCGUGAGGGCUGGUUAGGCCUGCCACCCGUCUCGCUCCCUGGUCUCGCUGCCUGGGACGCACCCCUGGAGGCAACAGCCGCUGGCCGGAAUUCAGUAACACGGUUUCGUUUUCACUGUAUUAUUUUUACAGCUACUCCUACUUACGACAGGGGUAACUUAAAAACUUUUUUCCAUUUUUGGUGGCGAUGUAGUUUCCUUCUCAGAUAUUUAUUUCAGUGACAAAUGUGAAGAAAGACCAAGGGGAAGUUCGCCAUCAACGUCUAGUUCUUGGCAGUGGAUCCACGGGUGCUCAUUACGUUCGUAUCAAUAAAUAAGUUAAUUAAAACAAAAUAAAGGAGGGCCGCCCGUGGAGAAGAUGUAUGUCAUACACCAAUGAAUAUGACUGAUCCAAUUAAAAGGAAAAAACAUGAAUUGAUGCAAGUGAAAAUAUGAAUUUAAUUAUCAUACAGGUGAUAGGCAGGUAGCAAACUGUGAAGGCAUCUGCUACCGAAUCAUUUGGGAGGCUGACUGAGGCUUUAAAAACCCAGAAAGGUUUAGGUCAGGUCGCUGCCCCUGGGAACCGCCAGCACUGCUGUCUUUUAAAGGGUUCUCCACCCCCACCCCUGCUUUGCAGCCUCCUGAGCAUUGGGGAUGGGGACUGGACACUCAGGGGCUUGGCUGUGACUUUGGCUGUGUUGGGGACCCCCCCCCCAGGUGAAGCAGUUC